AUGGAAAUAGACCAUUUUCAACAAAAGAAUGAUAUUGAUAAUAAUCUUGGAGAAUCAGUUAUUUUAUCAAAAUAUAGAACCGUUCUUCCAGAAAUUAUUAAAAAAUUGGCUCCAGGAACAUCUGUAGCUGAAUUAUGCCAAUAUGGUGAUAAACUUAUUUUCUCUCACACAUCAAAAGUUUAUAAUAAAAAACAAGUAGAAAAAGGUAUAGCUUUACCAACAAUGAUUUGUGUAAAUCAUUAUUUACAAUAUUUCUCUCCAUUACCUGGUGAGAAUGAUGUAAUCCUUAAAAAUGGUGAUGUAGUUAAAAUAGAAUUGGGAGUUCAUAUUGAUGGAUAUAUUGCAACCGCAGCUCAUACGACAAUAUUAAAUCCAAAUCCUCAACAACCAGUCACUGGUAGAGUUGCGGAUGUUUUAGCAGCAGCCUAUUAUGGAUCAGAAGUUGCCUUAAGAUUACUUAAACCGGGAAAUAGAGCAAUGGAUAUUGUAGAUGCAGUAAAUUUAGUAGCUCAACAAUAUAAAUGUGUUCCAGUAGAAGGUUCAUCUAUUCAAUUAAUUCGUCGUUAUUUAUUACAAGCAGAAAAAUCGGCAAUUUUAAAUCCAUCACUUGAUGAUAAUAUUUUGGAUAAUGAUUUCAUAAUUCAUUCAAAUGAAGUUUAUAGUGUUAAUUUAAUUAUGAGUAGUGGUGAAGGAUUGGUUAAAGAAUCAGAAGCGAAACCAACAAUUUAUCAAAGAAAUGUUAAUGAAUCAUAUAAUUUGAAAUUGAAAGCUGCCAGAGCUGUAUUUAAAAAGAUAAUUAAUACUUAUAGCGUUUUUCCUUUCUCUACGAGUGGGAAAUCAUUGAGAAUUACUGCUUCCCUUCCUUUACCUUAUGUUCAUUCAGAAUUAUCCAUUCCACCUGAUACUGAUACUGCUAAAUUAUUGAAUGAGGAAGUUAAAUCUGUUAAAUAA